CGAUGGCGUCGCCCGCGCGCUUCGCUUCGCCGCACCGCGCGAGUCGCGCUGGCGACGCUCAAACACCGAGCGCACGUCGCGCGCGCGCGAGCGAAACGCCCGCGAGGCGAAGACUCGCGCGCGUGGGCGCGGGCAAACGCGGCGGCGACGUCUACAAGGAUGGCCGACAGCAAACGUACGACGCGCGCGAUCGCGAGAGCGUGCUCUCGGCGCAAAAUCUCCGACAAACGUACGAUGGUGAGCGGUAUCAAUUCUUAAACGUCGACGUCGGACUGAGCGAAGGGCAAAAGGUGGCGAUCGUCGGACCGAACGGGAGUGGGAAGUCAACCUUGCUGCAGGUUUUGGGAGGCCGAAAAGUCGGGCUGGAGGAUGGGGAGGUGUGGCGCAGGAAAGGGCUGCGAGUGUGCUUUGUCGAUCAAGAACCGGACUUUGAUGCCGAACUCACGGUGAUUGAUGCGGUGUACGCGAGCGAUACGCCGGUGAUGCGAGCGUUGAGAAAAUACGACGCGGUGAUGGCGGCUGCCGCUCGAGGAACGCUCGACGAAGGGUUGAUGUCGGCCGCGAUCGCGGAUAUGGACGCGCUGGGGGCUUGGGAUUUAGAAGAAAAGACGCAAGUUGCGUUGAAAAAGCUCGGGUGCGAUUCGUUCAUCGAGAAUAAAAUGGGCGAACUUUCGGGAGGGCAGCGAAAGCGCGUGGCGUUGGCGGCGGCGCUCGUGGAGACGCCGGAUCUGUUAAUUUUAGACGAGCCUACGAAUCAUUUAUCCGUCGAGGGCGUGGAAUGGUUGGAAGGUCAACUUCAAGAUCCCAAACUCACGGUACUGUUGGUGAGUCACGACAGAAUGUUCAUCGAUAACGUUUGUCCAGACAUUAUCGAGCUCGACGGAAGGGGAGGGUCAUACAGACACCGCGGCGGCUACGCGACGUUUCUCGAGCAGCGUGCAGAGCGUUGGUCGACGGAAGCGCAACAGUUACAAGCGGCGAAGAACACUUUCAGAAGAGAACAAGAAUGGAUGCGUCGACAACCGAAGGCUCGAUCGACCAAAGAGAAGGCUCGUAUUGAACGCUUCUCUGACUUGACAAACAAAGUCAACUACAAAGGCACGAAAACGAAAACAAUCGAGCUUGGAGAGGUGUCAUCUUCUAGAAUGGGCGAUGUUAUCGUGGAAUUCGACGAGGCGCGUCUUUCAUUCGGCAAUAAGACGAUAUUGAAUGGUUUCAGCUAUGCAUUCAAUAAGGGUGAGAAAAUCGGCCUCGUCGGGCCCAACGGUGCUGGCAAGACGACGCUCAUCAAAACCAUCUUAGGGCAAGUCCCCCUCGAUGCGGGUUGGGUUUCAGUCGGCGAGACGGUGUCUUUCGGCUAUUACAGCCAAGUCGUGAACUUUCGUGACCCGACGCAACGCGUUGUCGACUACGUGAAGGAAAUUGAGGGUGAGGCAAAGGACCUGAUUGGUGGUUUUGCCGGACAAAGAUUGAGUGUUUACACCUUGCUCGAGCGAUUCAACUUCACAGAUGGUAAACAAGCAGUACAAAUCGGAGCUUUGAGCGGUGGUGAGCAGAGAAGGCUUCAGAUGCUCACUGUCUUGGCCCUCUGUCCAAACUUUCUGAUCCUCGAUGAGCCGACGAAUGAUUUAGACUUGGACACUAUCGAAGCACUCGAGGAUAUGCUCUCGAAUUUUGAUGGCUGUGUCCUCAUAGUGAGUCACGAUAGACAAUUCGUGAACAACUUGGCAGAUCACAUCUUCGUCUUUGAUGGCGAAGGUGGGAUUUCUGACUGGUCUGGAUCCUACUCCGAACUGCGCGACUAUGUGAAGAAGCAGGAACAAGACGCCGAGGACAAAAAGAUCGGCAAAAAAGUUAAGACUAUCGAAUUUGCGAGCGAAGAGGAUAAAGAAGCCGCGAAAGAGGAAGAGAAGCGCAAGCGCGAGCUAUUGCGUGAAGCGCACAAUGCGCCUGGCCUCAUAGCGAAGAUUGAGAAAGCGCUCGAAGUCUUGGACAAGGAGAUCACUACCUUUGAUUCCGAGCUCUUCAAUGCUGGUGCAGACGUCUCCAAAGCUUUGGAAAUCCAAAAGAAAAAAGACGCCAAGGUGGCCAAGCAAGAGCUUUAUUACGCAGAGUGGGAACGUUUGGAAGGUGUCUUGGCUGAAGCCGAAGAGAUGAACGCGGAACAAAUUUGA